UUUCCUGGUUUCGGCCGGCAGCCAUUUUGGGGUUACAGAGAGCUGGGUUUGAGGCUGUUCCUUUGGUUUUGGGGGGUUAAUCCCGGUUUUGAAGGGGGGAAUAAGUAUUUACAUAUACAUAUUUUACCCUUUUCUUUGUACUGAGUUUUCUUUUAUUUUUUAAUUUGUCCCCUCGCCUUCUACGACCCUGUUGUGCUUAAGACGCGUCGGGUCUGCUGUUUUUUUGUGUGUGUGUUUUUGCUGAAGCGGACGGGAGACCAGUGACAUGUCCAGCAUGAAUCCCGAAUAUGACUAUUUAUUCAAAUUGCUUCUGAUUGGAGACUCUGGUGUAGGAAAGUCUUGUCUGCUGCUCAGGUUUGCUGAUGACACAUACACAGAAAGUUACAUCAGUACAAUCGGUGUUGAUUUUAAAAUCAGGACUAUAGAAUUAGAUGGAAAAACAAUCAAACUUCAAAUAUGGGAUACAGCCGGUCAGGAAAGAUUUCGAACGAUCACAUCCAGCUAUUACAGAGGUGCCCAUGGAAUUAUAGUUGUGUAUGAUGUCACAGACCAGGAGUCCUUUAACAAUGUAAAACAGUGGCUUCAAGAGAUAGAUCGCUAUGCCAGUGAAAAUGUUAACAAGUUGUUGGUAGGGAACAAAUGUGAUCUGACUACAAAGAAAGUAGUGGACUACACAACAGCAAAGGAAUUUGCAGACUCACUCGGUAUUCCAUUUUUGGAAACAAGUGCAAAGAAUGCAACAAAUGUAGAGCAGGCUUUCAUGACAAUGGCGGCUGAGAUUAAAAAGCGAAUGGGACCCGGAGCGACAUCUGGUGGAGCAGAGAAGUCAAACGUCAAAAUCCAGAGCACUCCAGUCAAGCAGUCCAGCGGCGGUUGCUGCUAAAACGGCCUGUCCCCCAUCAGUUCCUUUCCCUCCUCACAACAGUGAAAUCUCAAUCUGAACCUAAGUGACAAAACAAAAAUUGCCUGAAUUGUACUGUAUGUAGCCGCACUACAACAGAAUCUUACCGUCUCCCCAAAGGUCAGCGAUUGUAAUCGUUCAACACUGACUUUUUUUUUUAUGCCCUUGACUCAAGACAGCUAACUUCAUUUUCAGAACUAUUUUAAACCUUAAUUCCUCCUUCCCCUCCCUGUGUGCUGGUUUCUUGAUUGUUUGUAACCCUUGUUGCUUUACUAAUACCAGAUGGUAUCUCCCUGUGGUUGCUUGAUACCUUAUUUUUUUUCCCUUCCCAUUUUUGACAUUUCUAUUGGCAUGUUUAGGUGUCAGGUUUAGUCUUCUGAAGAUGAAGUUCAGCCAUUUUGUAUCAAACAGCACAACAGUGUCUGUCAGUUUCCAUGCAUCAAUAAAGUUUAGUGAGAUGUUAUAUGUAAGAUCUGAUUUUGCUAGUUAUUUCUUGUAGAGUUGUAAAUGGAAAGAUUACACUAUCUGAUUGAUCUUUUAGCUGACAGAGGAGCCUGCAGUUAAUUUAUUGUCAUGCAGGCAUCUCUGGCAGCAAAAGUGUGAAUAGUUUCUUCAUACUCUGCAUAUAAUUUGUGGCUGCAGAUCAUUGUAAUUUGUUGCACACAAUGUAACAAACAACUGAAGAAAUGUUUAAUAAAUAUUGUACUUAUUGGAAUUAAUAACAAACUGUAUGGUGAUAAGUAUUGUCUUAAUUCAUCUAGUAAUCGGAAAUGAAGGUAUUUAGUAUUUCUGCCUCCGUUUGGCUGAAUCUGUGCCCUUAUGUGUAAUCUGAAGUUUGAAAUUGGGUACCCAUAUUCAAAACUAACAUGCUUAACUAACCCAAUCAAUUGCAACCACUAUGUUGCUUCAGGUGGACUUAGUAAUGCAGGAGAAGUAGGUUGACUAGAAAACUGUAAGUGGCGGUUAAAUACAUUUAGUUUGAAUGUACAGUGUUUGCCCUGUUUAAAUCACUGAAAAAAGUACAUUUUCUGUAGCUAUUUCCAUCGUUUUAUUUAAAAACGAUUUUACAGAAGUGUAAAACAGUGAAAAUGUCAGUGAUGUAAUUUUGCCAUUACGUUUAUAUAUGCUGUUCCAUUCUUUUCAUUAAUCAUUGUUUCACUUUUUAUUAAAUAAGUUUAGCCCAACACCUCAUGACAGUUAUUUAGUUCUAAGCUUGCUAUAUGUAAAGUGUGAUUAAAAAACAGAAACAGGUGAAAGCUUGCGUUGAAAUAUAGGCAGCACGCAGCUGAAAAUCUCUGUAAAAAUGCAAUACAUUUUUGUAUUUUGCUAGUGGCUUAAAUGGAUUGGACAAUCAGUCCUGUCAGAUGUAUAUAGCUAUAUUAAACCUUCUGUGGAUGGCGUAUAAUAUUACUAACUUGAUGCUACCAAUACAGAUUGAACCACAUUACCUUACUGAAAUAAAACUGUUUAACAUUAAAUGUGUAAUUGGAACUUAUAUUAGAAACAAGUUACCUUUUGGCUGUAACACACUGGAGUACUAUUUAAGGUGUACCCCAUAUCAACCAUGAUCGUUAAUUGAGUUAAAAACAGAGCAUCUUAGGUGUUUUCGAUAGCUACUAAUCUGUGCACAUAGAACGGCUCGCCUCCAGAUUUACCUCUUCAUGUGAUGCUGCAAAAGACGCAACCAACCUUGCAUGACGUUUUUAUAUCAUUACUUAAUAAUCAGUUCAUUUAAGCACACUGCUGUGUAUAUUAUACUUAAUCCCAGUGAAGAAAUGCUGAAGCAAAAUUCAAGAAAUGAGUGAACCUAAGCACUGUAGAAUAGUUAAUAGUAUAUUGUCAUCUAAUUCUACAAGGCUUUAGCCACAUGGGAGUGUGGAAUCCUCUUGCAUUUUAUUUUAAUAAAAUUAAUAUAUUUAGGGGUUUUCCAAUUAUUUAUUUUUUUUUUUUAUUUUAAAUGGAAUCCUUUUAAAAUUUCUUAAACAUUCCGCAAAAAUAAAGCACUCAUCUUUAGGUAAACAUUGAAAAGGGUUGUCAAUCUUUAUUUGCUUAAAAAAGCUUGGAGAAACUUUUACUGUAAAAUCUGGUUAUAAAGAUUUACCAUAACAGUUUAAGACUUGCAACAGUUAAAACAUUGCAGUGUUUUAGGCACACAAUAUUAGCUUCAUUUAACAGAUUUCAAAAAAACAGAAAUAUGUGAAUUACAUCUCAGUGUUGCAUGUUAAUCCAAUCUGGUUUUAACUUCUGUAAAUUUAUUUCUGGUAUCAAAAUUCUGGAAUAACAGCUUUCUCUAUCUAGAAAGUUUUUUUUUUUUGUUUUGGUUUUUUUAUUCCCCCCCCCCCUACAUUGGAACGAUGCAACUUCUUUAAGGCUUGAAAAUGUUCUCAUUGUUUUAUUUAAAAGACAAUGUUUAAGUAAUUUUGGAUGACAAAUUUUGUUACAUUUCUGGUGUUGAAAUCUCCUUCCAGUAGUUUUGCUCUAAAAUAAAAACACAAAAAGAAAGAGUUAUGGCUUCUUGGAGUUUUCUAAGGAAUUGCUAAUUAACAAUGAUUAUUAAUCAAACAAUGGAAAUGUAAAAAAUAUCCUCUGACACAAUACAUUUAUGUAAUGAUGCAGCUAAAUUCAAGAGACUGAGAAGACCUUAUUGUCAAGGAGCUAGGUAGGGCCUGUCGUUUGAGAUCUGCAUCCACAUCAUGUUACUUUUUUUUUUUGUUUGAAUUUCAGGCAUACUCAGGCGUUUCUUUUUGGUGCAAUACUAUUACAAACCUGAUUUAGAUUUAUCUGUACAUGCAUGUAGGGCCCCACAUUUGUUUUUCUACAUCUAGAAGCUCGGCAAACCUGUGCCUCUCAAGAUUGUGCACUUUGCAUGCAUUUUAUUGCCACUUUAAGAUUUUGCUGUAUUUUUUGGGGCAACACCUUUUGCCUGAUUUAAAAAACAAAACAAAAAUGCAGUCUCCCUGUAGCUAAUGCUGCAUUCAUAUCCAUACCACUAAAUUUAAUUCACUACUGUUUAUAUGAUUUCUUCUAUCUCCUUACCUAGACUGUACACACAUUAGGUAAGGACACCCCUGUAAAUUUAUGUGCUUGUAAAACAUCUGUGUGUGAUUUUUAUUGUCCUGUAUUGUUCCAUCUAUGUAUACAAGCUGUCCACAAAUAAAAUUAUAAGAACUGA